AUGGAUAAGCAAAUGAUUUUCAGUUUUCAAACUUAAAAACCUAAAAUUAGAGAAUAGGUUAAAAGAUUAGAAUAUUUUCAAUAAGAAUUAUCAUAAAUUUAAGAUCUUUCAAGACAAAAUAGAUCCAAAAGUUCAACAGAUAUGUAUAGUAUCACUACAGCAGAUAGUAGAUAAUAUUAAGGUUAUUAUGAGGAAGUAUCUGCAUUUGCUUUACCAAAAAAAGAUAUUUUUAGUUAAUCUUUAAAUAAAAUCCAAAUAAAUUAACAAAACAAAGAAAUAUAAACUGAAAUUCUACCCAAACCAAAGUUAGAGAUUUUAUAAGAAAAUGUCAUGUAGUUACAAUUAUAAAAGGAAGAGAUAUUUAAUUAGAUUAAAACAAUAAAAAAAGAAAAUGGAUUAUUAAUUUCUUAAAAUAAAUCAUAUGAAAUAGAAAUAAAUGCAUAGAAAAACAAAAUAAAUGAGUUAAUUAAUGAGUAAAAUGAUAAAGAAUAAUUUUAUUAAUAGACAAUGUAACAAUAAAAUUGGUAAAUAAAACAAUUAACAAGUGAGUUAUAAUAAUUAUACAAUAAAUAAUAACAACUGAAUAAUUUAGAAGGUAAUAAUUCAAUUUAAUUGUUUUUGGCUUAACUAUCAUAAGUUGAAUAGGAGAAUAUUGUUUUAGCUUUGAAAGAAGUGAUAAAGAUUAAUAAAAAUGAUAGAUUAUAAGUGAUUUAAGAUUGGAUUAAUAUUUAGGAUAUAAAAGAAGAAAUAAUUAAUAUGAAGAAGCAUCACAAUAUAAAAUUGAAAGAAGUAAGUAUUUUGAUAAAAUAUGUUUUAGCUUAUGGAAUAAAUAAAAAUUCUAUAAAAUGAUUAAAUGAUUGAGCCAGAAUUGUUAUCUACUUAAGAUUCAUUGCAAUUAGUAUCAAACAUUCUUUAUAGAGCAAUAAAAAGCAAUGAGAUGCUUAAAUUAAUAAAAUAGAAUACAAGAAUGUAUAAUUUGAUAGAAGAUUUAUGGAAUAAAUUGUAAUUUCGUUUAGAGCAUUCGAAUUUUUCAUAGUAACAUAUAAGAACAUCAUCAUUGAAUAAGGUUGAUUUAAAUUCAACAAACAAAAAGUUUUCAUGUAGAAAACUAUGA